CUGUGGGAAUCGAUACGAAAAGUUGUGUCGGUUCUCUUUCAUUUUUUCACCUCCACCGUGAAUCUGCAGAAACUAAGAACCUAAAUCUUUUCCAGAAAACCCCCACAAACAGCAAGCCACCAUGUCAUCUCUUCUCUCUUUCUCUCUCUAUUCGUUUCUGUAUCCUCAGAGAAAAGAACUCUCCAUCUCUCUAAAAAAAAAAAAACUCUCCGAGACUCUCACCCUCCUCAUCACCUUCCUCAAAAUUCCCCUUUUCUUUCUCAUUCGACUCUAACUUUAUGGUUUCAUCGAGAUCGCUUUUGUCCUUGUAGAGUGGGUGUGCAGAGAGAUUUUGUAGAGUUAUGUACGUGAGCCGCCCGUUGGUCCAUCCGGUGGAGGCCCCGCCUACGACUGACGUGGCGGCCCAGAACGCCCUCAGAGUGAGGAUGAAGGACGUCCAAGGCAUGCCUGGCACCCCCGAUGGGCUCUCCAUGCGUCUCUGCCAGCUCUGCUUCGCCGCACUUGGCACCCUCGGUGGCUCGCCCUGCGUCUCUGCCAGCUCUACUUCGUCGCAAUCUCUCUCUGUCAUGGCCACCACCUCCGAUUUUCCCACCGUCGCCACCUUCUGCUACCUUGUUGCUGCUAUUAGCUUGCAAUGUGUGUGGAGUUUGUCAAUGGUGAUUGUUGAUUUGUAUGCUCUUUUGGUGGGGCGAAGUUUGCAUAAUUGCAAGGCUGUGUGUUUCUUCACCAUUGGAGAUGGGGUCAAGCAUCUAGGUCCGCAGGAUCUUGGCGGUCGGGCUCUCGUCGAGGAAGAACCUGUGUUAAUUCGACAGUGUUGGCGACAAUCCGAAGGUGAAGGAAGUGAUCGAAGCCUUGAUCUAACCGCACGGCCAAGGAGCUGCGCACCCGGAGCUAAAGAAAGAAGAGAAAAGAGACGCCAAGAAAAUCUCCCUCAUCAGAACCAUCCCUUAUUCUGAUCACCAGCAGUGGUGGUCAACAGAGACUGUUGCGGUGGUGACUGAGGGUAAUAGGGGGAUUGGGUUUGAGAUUUCGAAGUAGCUUGCGGCAUAUGGAGUUACUGUUAUACUCACAUCCAGAGACCGCAGUGUGGGGCUUGAAGCAGCUAAGGUCUUCCAAGAAGGUGGCCUCAAUACAUUUCGCCAUCAGCUCGAUGUGCUAGACACGGCGUCCAUCACUGAGUUUUAUGAUUGGUUGAAAGAAAACUACGGUGGGUUGGAUAUUCUGGUGAGUGAUCAGAUUUUGGAUAUUAUUUGUUUCAUUCAAUUCCCGCAACCUCAUCGAACCGUUUCUGUCGGUGAUGCCAUCAGAAAUGAUGAGUCUGGAUGGCUUUAGUCGACCACCCACAUGGAUGGCUUUUGUCGACCACCCACAUGCAAAAGCAAGGAGAAGAAAAGAGAGGCUUCCCUCUCCAAGAGCAUAUGCUAUCCCACUACAAGGUCCCAACAAUAACCAGGCCGAAAGCAGAAAGUGAAAAGAAAAAAGAAAAAGAAAGGCUGCAUGUGAGUAUGUCUGUAGAUGAAAAAAAAAAGUAUGCAUUUAUCCCUCAGUCAUCUCAACCACUCCCAUAAAAGCAAAAUCAAAAGAAGAUAAAAAGAAGCAGACAUAAUUGCGGUGGUGAUGACAUUAUGGGCGUGACCCAUUAAGCAGAGGGUCAGAUUUAUUUGUGAAUGAUGUAAUUUAUUUUUCUUAUCUUUCGGAGACAUCUGUAUAACCCCAUCAGAGGGUAAUAAUAAAAAAAACGACAAGCCCAAA